AUGUUUAUAACUUGUAAAAAUAACUCUACAUUAUUUGCUUCUGAACAAAAUUCUGAAGAAAUUUGGGGAGAGUUUUUAAUCCAAUCAAAUAAAGAUGGCACAAUUUCAUUUAAAUCAAGAGUAAAUCAAAAAUUUGUUUCUGUUGACUUAAAAAAUGGAGGAAUUUUGAUUUUGGGAAGCGAUAUAGUUAAAAAUGAACAAAAAUUUAUUUUUGAAAGGAAAGGAAAUGAAGAAGAAUAUACAAUUAAAUCUAAAAUUAAUAAAAAGUUUGUAACUGUAAAACUAGAAAAGAAUGGAAUUUUAAUGGCAGACAUGGAGAAUGUUAAGGGACUAAAUGAAAUAUUUGAAUUUAAUACUUUUAUAUCUGAGAUAGAAAAGAAUGAAUUAUUGAGGUACUUAAAUUUUGAAUACGGAGAGAACUAUUUAUAA